UCGCCGGCGAACUUUCUUAUAAAUACUUUCUCAGGGGUAACAGCCGGACAAGAAGGCAAAUCGAUCGUAAUGGAUUCGACUUCGGGGUAAUUGAUAAGGAAGAGGGAUAAAGUAGCAACAGAGCUGAACGUCGUAUCGGUAUACAGGGUGUCCCCGAGCUACCGUGAGAUUUUUCAGCCGCUGACUGUAACGUAAAUCGCAUAGACGUAACAAUGCAUCAGGUGAAACUCGGAGUCACCGACUGAAAAAAUGUCUCGAACAAUGUCUCGUUAACGAGAGAUUAUUUGGACGAAGAAUCUGACGGCAUACUAAGAAGAGAGUGUCAGGACACCUUGUAUGCUUACGAAUCGUAGUAGCCGCCGUGAUUAUGCUGUCACGUCGAGUUAUGGACGAAGCCGAACCUCGUGAUGUUUCUGAAAUUGCUUCUGCCAUCUUCUCCGAGAUUGUCCUGUCGUUUCGUUCCGAACGAAAGCGAAAUCACGCAGGCUUAGUCUCCAGCACAGCACGUUGCACCGUUGUCAUAGCUUCUCAUAGUUCAUGCACAACUAAACAAGGAAUGCGGUCUUUGUCGGGCUUGGUCUGUUCGCUUCACACGUUCAUUGUCGCCGUGUGGGCUCAGAGCAGUUUCAUCAUCCGAGACUACUUCGUCCACAAGAAUGUAACCAGGGUCGUGGGCUUCUCCUGCGGAGAUGUGGAAGAUGACCUGCUCACGAUGAAGUUGCUGAACGCCGUCGGAGUCUCCGCCGCCAUCAAACCAGCUGGAUUCCAACUCGAUGUUCUCCGGUAUCUCGAAUCUGAUUACACUUUAGGCGUAUUCCUGGAUAUACGAUGUCCGGGUCAGAAUAUCAGCGGCAUUUACGAUAAAGGCUUGGAACAUCGUCUUUUCGACCACUCGUACAACUGGUUGAUCCUGGGGACCAACUUAAGUUACAGUGUGCAGAGCUUGAACGAUAGCGGCUUCAGCAUCAUUACAGACUUCGUAAUAUUGGUGCCGGACGGGGAGUCUGAUUAUGUUCUCUACGACGUGUACAACCACUUCAAGCUGCGCGGCGGAUUGCUGAACAUCACGAGACUCGGUACUUGGAACGAGAAGGACGGUCUGAGUAUUAUCUUGACCGAGUCGAAAAUCAUCAGAAGACGAAAUUUCCACGGGAUACGAAUCAAGGCGGCCGGGAUUGUGCUGCACAGACCGGAAACAGUGAGUCUGUUGGAGUACCUGGAGAGAGAUAAACUCGAGAUCAUGGAUAACUGGCCGAAAUUCGGAUAUACCCUCGUCUCAUACAUUUCUGAAAUAUUUAAUUUCAGCAUAGAUCUCAUCGAAAUCGACCAUUGGCAAAAGAAUGACACCGUCGGUCCUUUAAUGGAAGCUUUUAAGAGGGGAGAGGCCGACCUGGGCUAUUAUCCGUCGAUCUUGACGAUAGAACGAUACGGAUACGCGCGUGUGAUUGUUCAGCAAUGGCCAACACGGACUUGCUUCAUGUUUCGCACCAUCCCGGCGAUGAAGAUGAAGCCCUGGGUAAUAUUGAAACCGUUCGCUGUGGACACCUGGUGCACGAUCCUCGCGCUCGUGGUGAUCAUCGUGUUCGUAUUGUCCUUCAUAUUGAAGUUGGAACGCGCCGGCGAUUAUAGUUACAGCAUCUCGGUAUUGGUCGCCAUUGCCGCCUUGUGCCAGCAAGGUUUUCCUUCUCUCUCGGAACAAUCAGCCAGUCGUGUCGCUUUGAUCCAGAUCACGGUGUUCGGUUUACUGGUAUACAACUAUUAUUCGGCGGCGAUAGUGUCGGCUAGGUUGAACGAGCCUCUCCAGAAGAUGAACGACUCGUUAUAUUCAUUGGUGCAUAACAAGAUGACGCUCGGAGCCGAGCAGAACGUUUUCUUCAACUUUCUGUUGCGGAAUACCAGACCGGAUGUGCAGUACUUCAAGAACUACUGGAACAGCCUACCGAAUUCGAAAAAGUUUAUUCCUAUCGAGGAGGGCGUACAGAAGAUGAUGAAGGGUGGCUUCGCCUACCACGCCGAUCCGGACGAUAUCUAUCCGUCCAUCGACGUGGAGUUUGACAAGCAGAUGAUCUGCCAACUCACGGAAGUCCACUUGUUACAGCCGUCCGAGUUGGGUAUAUGGAGUAAUCUCCAUAGCCACCUCCACGAGAUCUCCAAACUAGCGUUGAUCAGAAUGUCCACCUCGGGAAUUCAGCGACGAGAGGUACGUCGGCGACAGGCCAGGAAACCCUACUGCCCGAGCGAAGAGAUCUUUGUCUCCAGCGUGACGAUCUACGAGGUGGCACCGAUGCUGAUCCUCUUACUCAUCGGUAUGACACUCGCGCUGAUUGUAUUCGGUAUCGAGAACCUCAUGUUUCGCUUGAUGCACUCGAAACAAACAGGCAUUCUACCUCUUAAGCGAAGCAAAUUACUACCGAAAAGUAAAGCGCCAAGCGUUAUGGCUCUCAAGAGAGACAAGCCACCAAUGAAAAGUAAAGCACCGUCUAAGAAAAACGUCACCAUGGCUCUCCCAAAGAAAAAUACUCUCCCCAAAAACGUGCUGACAAUGAAACGAUGAGUCUCAGGAUAGAUAGAUGGCAUGAUAGGCAGGUACAGAGAAAAUUAUUAAUGUUCGGAAAUGUGCAAGCAACGACAUUCAAUCACAUUAGUUCACAUAAUCUGUGGUUUCGUAAUAUGUUUUCUACUCUCUAUUAUGAACAGAUUUAUCCGCAUAAAUUCAGGAAUAAUUAGAUCUCGAAUUAUUCUAUAAUAACUUGAUAUAUCUUGUAGCAUCAACGUGAAUGUGAUACUACAUGCAUAUUAUUAUAAUCGUCGAGCCGGUGCUGCGUGGCGGACGGCCUGGUUCCCGUCGGUUUCUCGCAGGUGAGCACGCGGUGCUCCCGCCGACGCUCCGCGCGUAGCUACUAAUGCCGAUCGCGACCGCUGCGCAGCGCGCUCACCGAUUCUGCAGCUAAGAUUCGGCUGUCCGGGUGAUAUAACCGAGCGCGACAGCGAGCGCGUGCCUUCGCAUGAUCCAACGCCGAUUGUGGCAAUCUCUGGUGUUUGGUCUGUGCGAUUUGUAGCGCCUAUCUUUAUCGACCUGCUCUAGGCUUUCUUAGUGCAGUUUUGGCGUGUAGUAGGGAUUUUUUUUUCAAACAGAUCGAUUUAAGGAUCGAUUUGAAUCACGAAAAAAAAAUCGAUCUUUAAAGAAUCGAUUUCAGAAAAUCGAUUUGAAUCGGUAUGCAUGUAAAGUGAAUCACUCAUUAAAGUAUACUAUCUGUCAAAUUUUUACACUCUAAAGUA